GCAUACACUAACAGAUUGAAAGGCCGUGUUGCCCGAGGCUUCAGGGAGGAGUACGCGUAUAUAAACCCUCUCCACUUCUUUGCUCAGUGACUGCACCUCUGUCUUCUUUAGUCCCGUAGACCUAGAAACCUCUCACCAUGACUCAACAACCAAUCAGCCUCCCUGCAAAGUUAAUCAAUGGCGGAGUUGCUGGACUGGUGGGCGUUACCUGUGUGUUUCCCAUUGAUCUGGCCAAGACAAGGCUCCAAAACCAAAGAGCAAACCAACGGGUCUACAAAAAUAUGAUGGACUGUUUGAUAAAGACUGUUCGUUCUGAGGGAUACUUUGGAAUGUACAGAGGUGCAGCAGUCAACCUGACACUGGUGACCCCUGAGAAAGCCAUCAAACUGGCCGCCAAUGACUUCUUCCGUCAGCAGCUAAGCAGGGGACAACUCAAGUUGACCGUGUUUCAGGAGAUGAUGGCUGGAUGUGGGGCAGGGAUGUGUCAGGUUAUCAUCACAACCCCUAUGGAAAUGCUCAAAAUUCAGCUUCAGGAUGCAGGUCGACUUGUGGCCCAGCAGAGGCAGCUGGCUAUGCUUCACACCGUGAAGUUGGGAGCGGCUGGUCCAGUAUUAAACUGCUCGUACACCGUGGGUCCUGUGUCUUCGAUCAGGAAAGUGUCUGCAGUUCAGAUUACCCAAGAGCUGCUUCGCACGAAGGGCAUUCAGGGACUUUACAAAGGUCUGGGAGCAACCCUCAUGAGGGACAUCCCUUUCUCUAUGGUUUACUUUCCACUGUUUGCCCAUGUUAACCAGCUGGGCAAAACAUCGGAGGAUGAAAAUGCGCCUUUUUAUUGGUCUUUUAUUUCCGGCUGCAUAGCUGGAUGCACAGCAGCUGUGGCAGUCAACCCUUGUGAUGUGGUGAAAACAAGACUGCAGUCACUCAAUAAAAGCGCAAAUGAAGACUCUUACAAUGGUGUGACAGACUGUAUCAGAAAGAUAAUGCGGAAGGAGGGGCCAACAGCGUUCCUGAAGGGGGCUGGCUGUAGGGCGCUGAUCAUCGCUCCGCUCUUCGGAAUUGCUCAAGUGGUUUACUUCAUUGGUGUUGGAGAGUUUCUCUUAGGACAAACCCCAUUCAACCUUUACUCUGUUUAAACAUGUUUACGCUCUUAAACCACUUGAAUUAAACUUUAAAGACCAAGGCA